GGAGCGAGCGGGGCGAUGCAAGGAGGAAGCGGAGGAGGCGGGAUUCGAACCCGCGCCGCCCCCUCUGUCGCUGCCACCACCGGCAUGAAUGCGGCGCGCAGCCCGGGACCGUGGCCCGUCCUGCUGGGCGUCCGAGACGCGGCGGUGAAGGAGGGGAGCCGCUGUUCCUGGGACACCAGCAAAGUCGGAGGGACAGCGGACCCUGUCCCUGGCGUUACCCUGGAGCGCCCCAACUGCAGUCUGUGCUGUGCCCCGCUGGCUCACCUGGUGCAGGUGUACUGCCCCUUGGAGGGGUCACUCUACCACCGGACGGUCAACGUGUGGGCCUGUGUGCGGCCGGAGUGCUGGGGACGGAGUGGGGGCUGGAAAGUUCUGCGUUCUCAGUGCGGAGAGACUCCGGGCGGAUCAAAGCCAGAGAAGGAAGGGGACCCGGCGCUCACCCCGACGGACUGGUGCGAGGAGGCGGACGACUGGAGUGAGGAGGGAUCUCCCGGCGCGGAGGACCAGGGAGCGCCGGGAGCCGUGACGUCCGGGCUCCUGGCCACCAGGCCAGACGCAGACAUGAGCGACCAGACGGCCAGACUGCAGGCACUAAGUCUGGGGGACGGGUGGUUCCCGCUGCCCCGCUCCCCCGGGCCCGGCUUCAUGCCCUUCUACAUGUCAGUGCUGGAAGAGGGGCAACUGGGAGGGAGCGCCCCCCUCGCCCACGAACAGAGGCUGCUGCACGAAUACGAGCGGAGAGAGGGGGUCGCCGUCGAGCAACCCCUACCCUGUGUUGGAGCCGGUGGGGCCGCGGAGAGGUACGAGAGGACCGAGGUGAGACACGGCGACGCUGCCUUCGCCAAGUUCUUGAAGCGAAUCUCCAGCUGCCCGGAGCAGGUGCUGCGGUACAGCUGGAGUGGCCGACCGUUGCUGCUCUCCCCUCUGCCGGCCUGUGCAGGCGCCGCCGCUCCUGUAUGCGAGAUUUGUGGCGCUCCCAGGGUCUUCGAGUUCCAGCUAAUGCCGGCCUUGGUCAGUCUGCUGCAGAGUGUGGACGCCACGGAGGCGAGUGUGGAGUUCGGCACGGUGCUGGUAUUCACGUGUGAGGAGAGUUGCUGGGCCCCCGGUACAGGGCGACCCCGGGAGGAAUGUGCGGUGGUGCAAGCAGAUCCCGACGCUGCCGCCUUCACUCGACUGCUCGCAGCCUGCGCUCAAUAAAGAAUGAAGUCAUGUUGGAAA